AUGAAGGAGUAUAAAUGGAAGGUUGGGACAAUGUACGUAGAUAGGAAUGCUUUUAAGGAAUGUGUAACGAGCUAUGCCGUGCACAGUGGCAGAGGAAUAUGGUUCUUGAAGUGUGAUAGCCAUAGGUGCAAAGCUGUUUGCAAAGAAGGUUGCAAGUCGUUUGCUUACUGCCAUAAGAUGAAGAGAGAGGAUUCAUGGCAACUGACCAGCUGUUACAAAAAACACACAUGCUCUAAGGCAACCAAGAUUGGUAUAAUGAGUUCUCAGUGGCUAAGUAAGGCUUUUAUGAAGAAGAUCUGUGAAAACCUGAAAAUCAAGUUGAGAAGUUUGAUAAAGAAGGCUCAUAGCAAGUGGAAUGUGGAUCUCACAAUGACCAAAGCUGCCAGAGUGAAGCAGCAAGCCCUGGAUGAAAUUAAUGGUACCUAUGGAGAGCAAUAUAGGAGGAUUCAUGACUAUGCUGCGGAGUUACUAAGGUCUAAUCCAGGGUCCACUGUUCAGAUACAAGUGGAGAGACCUCCUGAAUUUGAGCUAGAGACACCACCUCCUGGUACGGACAUGAGACCACGAUUUCAGAGGAUCUAUAUCUGCUUGGAUGCUUGUAAACGGAGUUUCAUGAUUCUGCCAAUUGCCUAUGCUGUUGUUGAAGCAGAGACGAAAGAUUCGUGGAAAUGGUUUUUGUUGAAUCAGUGUGAUGAUUUGGGAGUUGAUAAGAUCAGAUGGUGUACAUUCAUGAGCGACCAACAAAAGGGAUUGAUCCCAACCUUUGAUGAGUUGCUGCCUGGCAUAGACCACAGGUUUUGUGUCAGGCACUUAUAUAGCAACUUCAGAAAAAGGUUCCCAGGUGUUCAGCUAAAGAUGAUGAUGUGGAAGGCUGCAAAGGCAACAUAUGUCCAGGAAUGGGAGAGGAGGAUGAAGGAGAUUCAGCAGGUUGAUCAAGGAGCUUAUAAUCAUCUCAUGGAGAUCCCUGCCAAGUAUUGGAGCAAGUCCAGGUUUAAUUAUUUUCCUAGAGUUGAUACACUUGUUAACAAUAUGUGUGAGUGUUUUAACUCUGUUAUUGUAGAGGCUAGAGAGAAACCGAUUGUGUCCAUGCUAGAAGACAUUAGGGUUUAUCUAAUGAAUAGGUGGUCUGAUAACAGACAAAGUAUAGUCACAUAUGCCGGAGAAAUAUUGCCAAAAAUAAACAAGAAAAUUGAAAGGGAGUUUGAUAAGGGUGGGGAGUGGCUGGCCAUAUAUGCUGGUAGGGACAAAUAUGAAGUGUCUAGCAGUAAGGGUAAUAGAGCCAAGUUUGUUGUGGACUUAAAUUUACAUGAGUGCUCCUAUAGAAAAUUUCAACUAACAGGUUACCCUUGUGAGCAUGCCAUGAGUUGCAUUAGGAAAAUGUGUCUAGAUGUUAAGAACUAUGUGAACAAGUGUUAUAGGAAAGAGACCUACGUGGACUGCUACCAACAUGUAAUCUACCCACUGAAUGGACCAAAUCUCUGGUCCCGGACUGAGAAUGAUGAUGUGCUGCCACAGUGUUUAGGGGUGCCCAAAACUGAGGAGGAACAAGACUGGUGA